AUGGCUGGGGCGGCGCAGGGGGCAGUGGACUCGCUCCUGGGCCGGUUGACGUCCAUGCUCCUGGAUGAGGCGCAGCUGCUUGGCGGCCUCCGUGGCGACGUGGAGUUCAUCAGGGACGAGAUGGAGACCAUGAACGCCCUGCUCCGUCACCUCACCGAGGCGCAGCACCGCAACCACCUGGUGCGGGCAUGGAUGAAGCAGUUGGUCGGCCUCGCCCGAGACUCUGAGGGCAACGUGGAGCUCUACCUCCACCGUUUCCUCCGGCUGCUGCGAAGCCUUCCGGCUAGGCACCGGAUUGCUACGCGGAUCCGGGAGCUCAAGGUCCGGGCACGGGACGUGGGCGACCGGCGGAUGAGGUACGGUGUCAUUGUGCCAGAUUCGGUCCCGGGCGAAGACAAUAUCUAUGACGGCAAUGAUGAGGAGUCUCCAAGGAUGGCUGCAGACCCAGAGAAAUAUCUUCGGAGAAGCGCUCUUCUACUUGAUGCUGCUGAACCUCCACCAGACCCUGAGGAUGAGGAGGUGGUAAGAAGAGGCGUCCACACUCUGAUCAAGUACUUGUCCAUGGAACCUGCGAGAGAAGAUGCUAUGCCGGCGCCGCUACAAGUGAGGGUCUUCAGUAUUAUAGGGACAGACUUGGCGGAUAGAGUUGCAUAUGAAGUUUACCAGCAUUCGUCUGUGGCCACAAUAUUCAGUUGCAAGGCCUGGUCCGGCGCACCAAAAAAUAUAGAAACGGCUCUUGCCGAGAUACUGGAACAAGUAGGGGGUGUUCAACUUCAACCUGGCCAAGAAGAAGACGAGGUAACAAACCAAGCAGCAGCGACGACGGUGGAUAGGGAGAAGCAACUCAUCUGUAAAAUUCAGGGGCAUCUUAAACGUAAGCGCUUCUUGAUCGUAGUUACUACUCACAGGCUUCAGGAGUGGGAAUGGAAGCGCAUACGAGUUGCUCUGUUAGAAGCUGCUGAUGGGAGCCUUCCUGGCAGCGCCAUAAUAAUGACCACAGCAGACUAUUUCCUGGUCAUGUCGUCUUCUCCCUACAAAAUCUUCCAUGCCCGACCCCCCCGAUGCAGGAGGGUUGGUUCUGAGUUUUACAUAGCAAAAUCUAUGGACCUAAGGGAUAAAUGCCCAGCAAAAAUUAGAGACAUCUUUCAUCUAUGUCACACCGACACCUUUGCAAUGAAGACGUUCCUGCAUCUGCUGUACGUUAAUCGAUACAGGAGAGAAGACGAGCUGCAGAAUUAUAAAAACGCCCUUUCCGAGUGCAUACGGCUCAAUAGAAGCAUUUCCAAGCAAGUGCUGGCGUGGUGUUACAGUGAGUUGCCAAGCAAGUAUAGGAGCUGCUUGCUGUACCUCAUUGUUUUCCCGGAAGGCGACGUAAUCAGGACUACAAGCUUGUCUAGAAGAUGGGUUGCUGAGGGCCUGAUCACUGCUACUACCACAAGUAGGGCAACUGAUGAAAUAUGGAGUUCAACAGAUGAAGCAGAGCAUUGCCUGGAUGUGCUUUUUAUUCGAGGCUUUAUUUCUUUUCCGGAAAUCAGUGAUGAAGGCAACAUCAAGAGCUAUACAGUACAUCGUGAAGUCCGAGAGUUCAUCGCCAGGGUAUCUACGGAUGUGAACUUUGUGGACUCGAACCUACCGCCACAUCUGGCUCAGUACCUUUCCAUUCACAACAGAAUAGGGUUGCAAAAAUCUAUUUCAGAUGGUGAUGACAGCAAUGAUAUUGCAGCUUAUAUUCCAUCUUUGUCUGCAUCUCCUCAAUGGCAACUGUUGAAAGUGCUGGACCUAGAGGGCUGCAAAGGAUUGGAUAAAAACAAGAAUCUGAAGAGCAUCUGCAAGAUACUGUUGCUCAAGUAUUUCAGCCUCAGGAAUACUGAUGUGACACAACUUCCCAAGCAAAUGAAGGAGCUCCAGUUUUUGGAGACGCUGGAUAUCCGACAGACAAAGGUGCCGGUUUUAGCCAAAAAGGCUAUUGUGUUUCCACUACUGAAACAUUUCCUUGCCGGUGACAAGAUCUCUGUAAGCAAUGACGCUAGGAAAUCUGAAGGAUCAUUUUCAGCAGUGGAAAUGCCCCUCGGCAUUCACAGAAUGAACAACUUGGAGAUAUUGUCCCAUGUCCAAGUCACCAACAGCAGUAGUGAGCACUCUGGCAUCGCUAAGCUUCUGAAACUGAGGAAACUUGGUGUAGCUCUUCGUGGAACAAGCGCCAAGCUGAGUGACCCGUUUCGCCAGAUUGACAAACUACAUAAAUGCCUUCGUUCCUUAAGCCUAAACAUCAGUGGCCUCACUAGCGCGCUUCCUCACAUGAUUGUAGAGCUCCAUCAACUUGCCAAGUUAACACUGACAGAAACAUACUUGAAUGAAGAUGGUCUGCGUAUCCUUGGCAAGCUUCGUGGUCUACGCUGCCUCAGGCUUCUGCACAAAUCAUACAUAGAAAGUGAGCUAUCCUUCAAACAAGAAGAAUUCCAAACACUCAAUUUUCUGCUCGUCGGAACCAGUGAAGUCACCAACAUUAACUCUGCCGUUUGGGCAGCUCCAAUGCUUGAGAAGAUCAUUUGGUCUUUUCCCACAACAGCUUGCAUUUCUGGACUCGGAAACUUGUAUGUCCUGAGGGAGUUUGAGCUCAAUGGUGAGUGCGACCCAGAUCAAGUGAGAGAAGAAAUUGAGGGGCUUUGGAAAUUUCCUGUUUUCAAGCAUAAUCCAAAGGUUCAGAAUCAAGAAGACAUAGCUGCAGCAUCAGCUUCAUCCUCAUCAGCUCCAUGA